AUGUCACUUAAUUGUCCAUGUAAUCGUUCUAGAUAGAGAUCCCAAAGUAAAUCAACAGCUAAAUAUGUUAUAAUAAUUGUAUUCUUAUUAACAAUUAUUUCUUAUAUUCAUGAUCCAAUAUCACGUCAAUUAUUAGAUGAAGAUGAAGAAAGAACAUGGUGUAUAGUUAAAUAUUCGUCAAAAUUAAAAAUCUAUGAUAGAUUCAUCAAUAUAUUUCAUUUUUUAACACCAUUUAUAAUUAAUUUUUCAUCUGCUGUAAUUAUUAUUAUUCAAGUAUUUAGAAAUCGUUCAAAAAUUCAAUCGAAUUCAACACGUACAACUAUUUUUAUUAACCAAAUCAAACAACACAAACAUAUAUUAAUGUCUCCAUGUAUUUUGAUGUUAUUAGCUGUUCCUCGUUUAAUAAUAUCACUUCUAUCUCAAUGUAUGGAGAGUGCUCGCAAUCCAUGGCUUUUUCUUGCUGGUUAUUACGUUUCAUUUGUUCCACCAUUACUUAUCUUUGUAGUUAAUAUUACUGUUAUUAUAAAUUUAAAAGAAAAUCAAUCACAUAUGACAUCCAUAUCAACAGUUCAAACAGAAUCAUCUCAAUUUCCAUUGACAAAACCAAUAUUAAAUGAUGUUACAAAGGUUAAAUUGUCAGAUGUAUCAGUUGUUGGCAAUUCAUUAACAAAAUGUGUAAUUAAAUCGAAUGAUGUUUUAGAAAUAAUUACACAUUUAUCUGAAGGUGGAUGUGCUGUGCCAUUUAAACAACUGAAAUUACCAACAACAAAAUCAUUAUCAAACCAAGUUUUAGAAUUUGAUAUGAAAUUUUUGACGAACCCAUAUGAUGGUGUAGGACGUCAUGGUGGUAUUUACUAUGGUAAUCAUUCCUUCGACAGACGAACAGAUGGUAAUACAGGUGUUGAUUGGAUUGAUCGUACCCGUGAUCGUGGUUAUAGAUUUUAUCAAACAGGACGGUAUCCAGACGACUCAAACAUAUUAUUACUGCAAAAGAAAGAACCAGUGAAUCAUCUAAAGAUUAUCAUCAAAUCAAAUGGUGAACAUAUCAUAGUUGCAGAAAAUACUAUUUGGAAAAAUUUAACUAGUAAUGCAGUUCAAUUACUUAAUAAACCCUAUUUAGGUUUUUGGGCAUGGGGCAAUAAUCAUUUACGUAUCUCGAAUUUUACUAUUCGACCUUAUACAAGAUGUGGCCUUGAUGAAUGA